UAGAGCUGUGAGUGGGAAACAGGAAGUGUGCAUGGUCAAAGGGUAUAAGAGCAAAAGGUUAGGGCAUGUGGCUUCUCAGCCACCCCGUGCAGAUUCCGGGCCUGCGUUAAUCGUAAUAUAUGCGCGGAAUGAAGCUCUAAAGUGUAUGGAGAAGUAGCAAUGGCGGCAGCGAAAAGCAACGAGCAGAAGGAGCUGCUGGCUCUUAUGCACCAGCACUUGGUCCAGAUUGGCUAUGGGAAAGCGGCGAGAGAGCUGCUGCUACAGAGCGGCCAGAAGACCUUCCCGUUAUCCCCAAUUCCCCUCCGAGAGAUCUUCACUCAUUGGAAAAAAACUUCCUCGCCAGCCCAAAAACAAAAGGCAGAUGAUGCCAAAAGAGAGACUCCGGCAAAGAUCAGAGUUCCUGACCCGAAGAGCAGCUCAGAGAGUGAGGAGGAAGCAGCAAAACCCAUCACAACCUGCCUGCCUGCAAACAAUACCUCCAUAGCUACGGCAGAGAGUAGCAGCGACGAUGAUGAUUCUUCUUCUGAAGAGGACACGGUUGCUGGAAAGAUGGUGAAAACUGCUGGGCCAGGCAACAAAACGGCUACUUUUCUGCAGCUUGCUGCUCAGAAAUCCAAUUCCAUCCCAGGGAAAGGGGUAGCUGUAGCUUCUGUCCAAUCAAAAGGGAAACUUAACACCACCAUUUCAAAUAAGCCAUCUCCUUCAGCUGUGGCCAAAGCAGUUCAGAAUAAAGUCAUUCCUGGUAAACCAGGAGCAUUGAUUCCAGCGGGACAGAGUAUAGCACAGACAGCUGCUGCAAAGAAGGCAGUGGACUCUGGUGGCAGCGGCAGCAGCAGCUCCUCAUCGGACAGUGAGGAAGAACAGACAGCAGCAGCAACUGUAAACACCACAUCUCCCAAGCAAGCUCCAAAGAAGGCAGAGAGCAGCAGUGAGGACUCAAGUGGUGAUUCUGACUCCGAAGAAGCAACAAAUGUAGCAACGGUCCAGGCAAAACCAGCUGUGCCAAGUGCACAGGUCAGUGCAACAGCUUCAAAAAGCUCACCAGCCACUGCGGUACCUUCUAAAGGACCUGUUGUAAAGGCAUCUCCUGCAAAGACUGCAGCAAACCAGACGAGAGUAGGACUUGGAGAUGCAACGGGAAGCACAAAACUGGCAGACAGUUCAGAGAGCAGUGAUUCUUCCGACAGUGAGGAUGAGGAAGCCUCCUCAGGAGCACAGGUAAAAUCCUCUGGAAGACCACUUCCGUCCUUUACGAAACUAGUGAAAAAUGCAUCAACUCCACAGUUAAACAAGGCUGUUCCUGUAUCAACUUUCUUGAAACAAACACCAAAGCCACCUGUGCCAGGCUCAGGAAAACAAGGACUUCUGUCUCCUGCAAAGAGUGUUGGGAGCGCAAAAAGAGCAGAGAGCUCAGAGAGCAGCGAGUCAUCUGAGAGUGAGAAUGAGGUUCUCCCAGUCCCAGUAAGCCAAAAGAGAUUGCAAACGCCUCCGCGUCCCACUACAGCCAAACAAAAUCAGGCUGAUAAGCCAGGGCCCCCCGUGAAAGCUACAUCAAGUGCUUUGAAAGGGAAAGAAAUGAGGAGUGAGAGCAGCAGCUCGUCUGACAGCGAGGAUGAAAUGGUUCCAGCAGCACAAAACCUGCCAUCUCCAUCUGCAACCAAGAAGAAUGCUACAGCUCCGCUAGCAUGUGCCAAGAAGCCCCCUCCUCUACCAGCACCGCUUCAGAAGGCCCAAGAGAGUGAAGACAGUAGCCAGGAUUCUAGUGAUGAGUCUGACUCGGAGGAAGACCAUGCGUUAGCUCAGAAACCAGCCCACGUGGCGCAGAAAUCUGCACCCCUCCCUGUAAAAGCCCCAGCUCUGAAGGCAGGAAGCAGCAAAGCAGGCGUGGCUCCGUCAGCAGGGAAAGGGGCAGCAGCCAGCCCAGCAAAGUUGCCAAGUGCCGCUCUUCAGAAAGCACCAGAGAGCUCUGAGACAGACAGCUCGGAGAGCGAGGAGGAUGGAAAGCCCGCGAAGCAGCCCCCUAUUCACCCCUUCUUUAAGCAGAAAACAACCUCGGGUAAAGCAGCCAGUGCUUCUGGGAAUAGCUUGCAGGCCAACUCUGCUGUGUCAAACGCAACUGUGAACAAGCGCCAAGGCAGGAGUUUGGCCACAACACCAGGGGUAGUGAAGCCGAGCCCCUCCAAAAAGGCCAGGCUCAGCCAGAGCCAGGCGCUGCCUGCCAAACCAGCCGGAAGCCUAAAAAGCAAGGAGAGUUCGGGAAGCAGCAGUUCCUCGGACAGCGAGCAAGAGGGGGCAGCGGCACCAAUGGCAGCCCAAAAGAUUCCACAGUCUGCAGGCAUGCUGCAGAAACCAGGAGCAGCAAAAGGGGCAGAGAGCUCUUCUGAAGAGUCCAGUGAUGAAGACCAGGAGCCUUCACAGUCCCUCUUAUCAGGCUAUCCAAGCCCUUUCAAGACCCCACUGUCUGCUACACCGAAGACUGCUGCUUCUCCAUUAGCCAAAUGGAGCUCUGGAAAAGCUGUGUCUGCAGGUGCGUUGCUGGCAGGAGUACCAGCAGCAAAGUCUUCUGUGAAAGUAGCCCCUGCUGACAGCUCAUCAAGUGAUAGCAGUGACUCUGACACAGAUGAUAAGGAAACAUCCAUUAAACCGAAGGCAGAGCUUGGCUCAUUGCCUUCUCCUGGAAAGGAAGCUGUCACGGCCAAGGGGGCCGUGGCUGGAAAAGCAGGACCAAGAAGCCUUGGCCUUAAAGCCUCUGCUGCAAAGAAGGCCUUGGCAAAGACUCAGAGCAAUGGCAAAGAUAGAGUCGCUGCUGCAAUACAGCCUCUGCUGCCCGCGGUUCAGCCUGAAGGAGUCAGCUCUGGGAGUGAGAGUGAAGAAGCAGUGGCCCAGGGGCACGCACAAGCCACCUCUGCUGUGCCAGCCAAGGCUCCAAAAGCAACAAAGCCGUCCAAGGCUGGCAAGAAAGAGAAGCAGCCAAAGAAACGGAAACUGGCGCCUGGGGAUGCUGGCCCAGGGGAACGGAAAGGGAAGAAGCGGAAAGUGCAGAGUGACCUAGAGCUGCUGGAGAAGAAGAAGAAAAAAUCAAAGUCUUCAAGUAGCACCAAAUCACCAAAGAAAAAAGAUGGCAAAGAAAAAAAGUCUGAUAAGAAGAAAAAGAAGAGCAAAAAACUGGAGUUGCUUGCUUCAGAUGGGUCACAGAAAAAGAAGAAAAAGAAGAAAACUGGUGACCUUGAGGGAGCAGCAUGAGCAAGCAAGUAUCCUGUUCAUGUUCACUGGAGUACAGUGCAAAGUGAAGAGUGAGAUAUUCUGGGAGAAUUUAACAGAAAAAAGCUGUUCAUUCAUAUAUUUUAAACAAAAGAAGAUAUGGAUGUGGAAGAUUGACUUUAAAUCUUAUAACUAUUUUUAACUGUGGCUCUUAGAGCUAAAUAUUGCUAGCAACUGACCUGGAUGUGGGCAUGGGAAUGGGAGGUACUUUGAUUGCAUCGCCAAGUGAGAUGUCUCUGAUACUGUAACCAUAGAAAUGGAAUGUAAAAGGAGAGGCAGCCAACUGAGUCUUUUAUGCAGUAAUUUCCUCCUUGACCACCCCCCCAACCUACCCAAGAGUUUUAUUUUUUAAAUAAAACAUCUGCCUUUCUCCAA